UUAAUCGUGUCUCUCCUUGGAAAUGCUGGUUUCACACUCAUACCAGCUAACCAGAUCAACUCGAAUGGAAACGUGAAAUUGCAUCGAUGAUCUGUAUGUAUGAUUGAUUGAUUGAUUGAUUUCUAUUCCAUCUGAGAAUAAUCAUCAAUCGUCAAUACAUCACUUCUCAUCAUCCAACAACACAGACUCAGAUCUGGAUGCAAACUUAUUAGUCUUCAUCGCCCUACUAAUUCUCGCUUUCUCUCUCACCCACGAACUUACGACCCCUAGAAGGUGAGAGGAUUGCUUGAAUGGCUCGACUUUUUGAGUAUUUCGUUGUAUGUGGUCUGGGUCCGGAGAUUCGAACGCUUGAUGGCAACAAAGGAUUCUAUGGGACAGGGAUAAUGUAUUUGCCAUCACUUAUUGAUCAAUACCCACCUCCCAAUCACACUCUUUAUCCGCCACCACCUCCCCAGCUUCCCACGUGUGUUUUGCCAGCAGGCGUGGAGCUUUAUGCAUCAGGAUUUGAUGCUGAGGAUGCUUUAACAUUUCCAAGGUGCUAUCCCAUUGUCUUAACCGAGGGUGAUGGUUCAAAAAUCUACGUUAGCUGUAUUGCAUUUAGAGACCCAGUGGAUGAGGACAUUGCUGAAGCAUACCACAUAUCUGCGAACUCAUAUGCUGAUAAAUGCAUAUGUCUUGUCUCCCGCUCUCCCAACUUUUAUAUACUUCGAGAUGCACUGGAGGAACUAUUUGCACUUUGUUUUUCCCCUAGUGGAAGCAGCAAGCCAUUAUGGGAUGUUAUAGCAUCUUUAGUAUCAACGGUUCCUCUGCCUACUCCAGGAAAAGACCGCGUUCUGUUUGCUAUUGAGAAUAGCUUGCUAUCUGUAGAGGUUCCACCAGAUGAUGUUCUUCCACAUGCUGAUAUACCCUUUCAGCCAUUGCUGCAAUGCUUAGACAUUGACAAUUUCCUGCUACUAUUUACUGCUGUGUUACUGGAACGGCGGGUUCUGAUUCGAUCAAACAAGUAUUCUCUUUUAACUCUUGUAUCUGAAGCAUUAUGCCACUUAAUCUACCCAUUUAGAUGGCAGCAUGUCUACAUUCCAUUAUUAUUUUUUAGUGGAGUGGACUAUAUUGAUGCGCCUACACCGUAUAUGAUGGGUCUUCAUUCAGGUGUUGAUACUUAUGGUCUGACAAUGGACGGUGUUGUUGUCGUGGAUCUUGAGCACAACCGCAUCACCACAUCGGAGGAAAUUCCUCCUAUUCCAGAGCCAGAAUUAAGUGCUUUACGAGCUGAUUUGAUGAAACUGUUGUAUCCAAAUCUUGUUGCCAUUGACGAAUUGAAGUCUAGCUUUGGAAAUUUAUCUCUGCAGUCAUCUGGAGGGAACAACAAAGCCUGGAGUGAAUAUCACGACCUUCAACUAAGGUUUAUAUUCUUGAAUUUUUUUGCAUCAAUCUUAAGUGGCUACAGGAACUUCAUAGAAAAUACUGCAACCCAAGUUUUCAACACACAGGCGUUUUUGAAGAAGCGCUCUCGAUAUACCAACCAACCACCAGAUCCUAUGAUAACUCAGUUUUUGGAGUCUCAAGGUUUCAUAGAUUAUUUAGAAAGAGGUGUAGGUUCCAAAGAAAGUAACAACAAUCUACUUGACAAGUUACAAGAUGCCACUGGAAGAGGUCAAAAUCCAAUGUCAAUCCUUCCUACAUUAUUGGAAGAACCUGAGGUUGUAACUAUAUCAGAUGCAUCUGGUGUGGGAGUAUCAGGCUCUGGUGCAAAAUAUACUUAUGACAGAUUUCCUUCAAAUAUAAGGCCAGAAGAGCAGGAGGAGAGGAGGCGACAAAUCCUAGAGGCAGCUAAAGGGGCUUUUGAGUAUUCAGGAAAUCAGUCUCCAUCUUCUUCUUUGCAUAGCAACAAGGACUCUAAAGCAGAAAGCUUAAGUCCAAGGGAAAGAGCUGCUGAAAGGGAGAGAAUGGUUCUAGAUAUUAAAGUGAAGCUGCAGGGUUUGUGGCUGCGUCUUCUGAAACUGGGAGCAACUGAUGAUCCACUAUCAUCAUUUGAAUAUGGAACUAUCCUUGCACUGAUCGAGUCUGACGCAGAGGGUAUUGGAGGCAGUGGUUUCGUGGAAUGUAUAAGGGAACACAUAAAUUCGGGAUGGAUGUGUCAAUUGACCGAGGAACAGUUUAUUGCAGUUAAAGAAUUGCUCAAAACUGCAAUCAGUCGAGCUACGUCUCGUAAUGACAUGGCAACCGUCAGAGAUGCACUCGAAGUGUCCGCAGAAAUGUAUAAAAAGGACAGCAAUAAUGUUUCAGAUUAUGUUCAACGACAUCUUCGCACUAUUUCGAUUUGGGAAGAAUUACGGUUCUGGGAAGGAUAUUUUGAGUACCUAAUGGAGUGCUCAUCAAACAAGUCAACCAACUACUCUACAUUGGUGACAACCCAACUUAUCAUAGUGGCUUCACAUAUGGCUGGGUUGGGUAUUCAUGAUACUGAUGCUUGGUAUACAAUUGAAACAAUUGCCGGGAAGAACAACAUUGGAUACAAGCAAAUUAUAAAACUUAGAGGAUUUUUAUCCCAUGCUCAGCAACUCUUCGUUAGUUACUGGGGAAUCUACUCUGUGAAAAGCCAAUCUGCUUCAACCUAUGGUUUGGCAUCUCCUCGCCCACAGGAUACUGAUGAAAAUCAGCAACCUACUGAGGCUUCUGUUGUUGGAAGAAGCUGGGUCCAAAGUAUGUUCAGCAGGGAUACAACAUCGAGAGCUAACUCAUUCAGUCGUGUCCGCAAAUGGGCAUCUGAAAGUGGGAAUACAGCCAAUGAAAGUCGAACUCCUCUGAAGAUAGAGAUAGGUGCUGGAAAGAAGAUCCAGACCAGCAUACGCAUGCUAAGGGGUCAUAAUGGUGCAGUCACUGCUUUACAUUGUGUGACAAAAAGAGAGGUUUGGGAUUUAGUUGGUGACCGUGAAGAUGCUGGGUUCUUUAUAAGUGGUAGCACUGACUGCUCAGUUAAAAUCUGGGAUCCAAGUAUUCGUGGCUCUGAACAUAGGGCAACUCUGCAAGGACACACAGGAACUGUUCGUGCGAUAAGUUCUGAUCGAGGCAAAGUGGUAUCAGGGUCUGAUGAUCAGUCUGUUAUAGUAUGGGAUAAGCAGACAUCUCAGCUCCUGGAAGAGCUAAAGGGACAUAAUGCACAGGUUAGCUGUGUGCGGAUGUUGUCGGGUGAACGUGUGCUGACUGCAGCUCAUGAUGGAACAGUAAAAAUGUGGGAUGUGCGAACUGACACCUGUGUGGCGACAGUUGGCCGAUGCUCCAGUGCUGUCCUAUGUGUAGAAUAUGACGACUCAACUGGAAUCUUAGCUGCUGCGGGAAGAGACGCGGUUGCGAAUAUUUGGGAUAUCCGUGCUGGUCGACAAAUGCAUAAGCUUUUAGGGCACACAAAAUGGAUUAGGUCCAUCAGAAUGGUCGGAGACACUUUAGUUACAGGUAGUGAUGAUUGGACUGCACGAAUAUGGUCUGUUUCUGGAGGAACAUGUGAUGCUGUUCUAGCUUCCCAUGCUGGUCCUAUACUAUCUGUUGAGUACUCGGCAUCAGAUAGGGGAAUUAUAACAGGCUCAACUGAUGGGUUGCUCAGAUUUUGGGAUUAUAAUGAUGGUGGCAUAAGAUGUGUGAAGAAUGUCACCAUUCAUGGCAGUUCCAUAUUGUCCAUUAAUGCCGGAGAACACUGGUUAGGAAUUGGUGCAGCUGAUAACUCCAUGUCUCUUUUUCAUCGACCUCAAGAAAGAUUUGGCGCUGCUUCUGCCACUGCUUCUAAAUUGGCUGGCUGGCAACUCUAUAGAACGCCACAGAAAACAGUAGCUAUGGUAAGAUGCGUAGCUUCGGAUCUUGAAAGGAAACGAAUCUGCAGUGGUGGGCGCAACGGAAUGCUAAGGCUGUGGGAUGCAACCAUCAAUAUCUAGCUGUUCAUCAGAUAUUUUUAUUAAGUGUGAGAUGUUGAGUUUCCAAUAUUAUGACAUAGAUUUUGUUGUCAAUAUAAUGAGAGUUCUAUUUGCAAUGAUCAGGGAUAAUUUGAAAAUGAUUUAUAGAUAAAUAGAGAAAAUCCUUCAGCUUGUAUUAUAUUGAUCAUGUUAUUACAAUAUGUUUGAUGUAUUUUAAUCUCAUUCUAAUUCUAUUUGUUAUAUGAUUUGGUA